AGAGAGAGAGGGGAGUGAGAAAAUCCUUUUAUGAGAGGAAAGAGAGAGCCACCAUUUACGACCUUAUACGAUAUGCGUGCUCAAUAAGCCAUUUUCACCGCCACUCUCUACAUUCCCAUUUUCACCCUAGACCCAUAGAUCUUCACAAUCCCACUGAAUUCCUCAUCUUUACGUCACCAACACAACCCUCCUCUCCCAACUCACUUCACAGAUCUGAAAACAAUUGCACCCCUCCUCAAUUUUGCCCCAUAAACCCCCUCCUUUCCCAUCUCACUUCCGCACGGCAUACUCUCACACACACACAUUGCAAAUCACAUCUAUACACAUAUAGUCACACCGUACCAGUCUUUUUCCGGUGAUUUAUUUCUGAAUUUUGGUGGUUUUGAGCGAUUUGAUUCUUGAUCUUUGUGGGUUAGAUCCAGGAAUGAGCUAGCUAUUUCUACUGUAAUUUAGCUAUACACAACAAUUCUAAAAUAUCUCAUGGCAAUGCCAUCGGGAAAUGUGGUUUUAUCCGACAAAAUGCAGUACCCAGGGAACGGCGGGGCUGGCGGUGGCGGCGGAGAGAUCCUCCACCACCACCACCACCACCGACAGUGGUACACCGACGAGCGGGACGGGUUCAUCUCGUGGCUGCGCGGGGAGUUCGCGGCCGCCAACGCGAUGAUCGACUCCCUGUGCCACCACCUGAGGCUGGUGGGGGACCCCGGGGAGUACGACUGGGUCAUCGGGUGCGUGCAGCAGAGAAGGUGCAACUGGAGCCCUGUUCUCCAUAUGCAGCAGUACUUUUCUGUUGCCGAGGUUAUGUACGCGCUGCAACAGGUGGCGUGGAGGCGGCAGCAGAACCGGUUUUCGGAACCGGGGGUGAAGGUGCCCGUGCCGGGGAAGGAGUUUAGGAGAUCUGGGUUUGGGCCCAGGCAAGGAGGGCCUGGUAGGGCUGAGUUUGUUAAGGGAGGGUUUAAUAAUUCGAACGCAGCGGAGUAUCAGAGUUAUGAUGCCAAUGCUUCUGGGAAUAGUUUCGGGGGUCCGGUGAGAGGGGACAGGGUUGGUGAGAAGGAGGGGGGAGAAGGAGUGGAUUUCGGUGAUAAGGGUGUUGUGGCAAUUGCGGAGGUUAAGAAAGAUGUGGUUGAAAAACCCGAAGAAGAUUGCAGCAUCAAAAGUUCUGGCAACUCACAAGGAACAUCAUCUGGUCAUUCAGAACUAGAGAUGGAGGAGCUUGAGGAGGGAUGCGCAUCAGACUCUAAAGGUUCUUGCAAUGUGCCUGUGGAGGAUGAUUUCUGUUCUGUUCAAACUCAACACGAGAAGAAGGACCUCACCAUUAGUCCAAGAACGUUUGUUGGCACAGAGAUAUUUGAUGGAAAGGCGGUUAAUGUGCUUGAUGGAAUGAAACUGUAUGAAGAACUGGUAGAUGUAUCAGAAGUUUCGAAACUUGUUUCGUUGGUCAAUGAUUUGAGAGCUGCAGGGAAAAAAGGGCAGUUUCAAGGACAAACAUUUGUGGUUUCAAAGAGACCCAUGAAGGGUCAUGGAAGAGAGAUGAUUCAGUUGGGCCUCCCCAUUGCAGAUGCCCCUCCUGAAGACGAAAAUGCAGUCUGGACUACCAAAGAUCGAAGAAUAGAAUCUAUCCCUAGCGUGCUUCAAGAUGUUAUCGACCGCUUAGUCGGCAUGCAAGUUAUGACUGCUAAGCCAGACUCUUGUAUUAUCGAUAUCUUUAAUGAGGGUGAUCAUUCGCAGCCACACAUGUGGCCAUCAUGGUUUGGGAGGCCUGUCUCUCUCCUACUCUUGACAGAAUGUGACAUGACUUUCGGGAAAGUAAUGGCGACGGACCAUCCUGGGGAUUAUAGAGGCUCUCUUAGGCUUUCUCUUGCACCCGGAUCACUGCUAGUUAUGCAAGGAAAUUCCGCUGAUUUUGCCAGACACGCAAUCCCCUCCCUCCGCAAGCAGCGAAUACUUGUUACCUUCACGAAGUCACUGCCAAGGAAAACCACAGCUGGUGAUGGACACCGUCUCCCUUCGGCUUCAGUAGCAGCAAACUCUCACUGGGGCCCGCUUCCCAGUAGGUCCCCGAAUCACAUCCGCCAUCCUGGGCCAAAGCAUUAUGGGCCAGGUCCAACAACCGGAGUACUGCCAGCUCCAAAUGGCAUCCAGCCACUUUUUGUGCCUGCUCCGGUUAACCCGCCCAUGUCUUUUCCUGCUCCGGUUGCUUUGCCACCGGUCUCAUCUGGAUGGCCGGUGGUGCCACCUCCGAGGCAUCCUCCGCCGCCACGCCCACCAGUUCCAGGCACGGGAGUUUUCCUUCCGCCACCUGGUUCGGGUAAUUCCUCCGAAACAAGCUUUUCUGGGGAGACGACAGUUUCUAUGGAAAAAGACAAUGGCUUGGGGAAACCAAAUGGUAGUAGUAGUGUUUCUCCGAAAGGUCAAGUAGAUGGGAAGAUGCCACGGAAGGAGUGCAAUGGAAGUGUGGAUGGAACCAGCGGUGCUGACAUGAAGGCGGCUAACAAACCAGGUGGAACUGUUUAGAGGUACAGAGAGAGAGGAGAGGGGAGUGGGGGAGGCUGCAAACUGCAGCGAGUUAGAAGAAAAUGUAAAGAGCGGCGAAAGUUUGAAACUUUUGAGCAUAGUACCAGUGGGCCAAGGGAGUAACUUAACUCUCAGUUACAAUCCCUUCUGCUUUCUGUUCCCUUUUUGUUGUCUUAUUAUAUGAUAUGAACUCCUUAUUAUACCAGAUGAGGGACUCAUUUUCAGUCAAACUAUAGCUCUUCAUUCUGCCUCA